AUGGACCCCUCUCGCCGCGAUGAGGAUCCUGCGUCAUUUACUGCAACUGUGUCUGAUAACACCACAACAACACAUUCUACAACAGCAAUAAAACCACCUAGCUCUACCCAUCCUCGUUCUCUUCAUCUUCCGACCGAUUCCUCCAUGGUCGCUAUUCCGCAUCCGCCAUCUCCUUCCGAUCGCUCAGCUUCGCGCUUAUCGCCCCCGAACCCCCCCGCGCGUUCGCAUCCGCCCCCUCGGCGCAUCCCCAGUUCUGGUUCCCUGGCGGAGGAUCGCCGCAAGUCCACCCCCAGCUUGAAGAAGCGCUCAUCAACAGCCUCGCUGCAUUCGAACCGAGGCACUUCUGCCUCGCCGCGUCCGAUCGCGUCGCGACACUCCUCAUCAUCUCCCUUCGGGACUUCCCCGCCGACCGCAUCUAACAUGGCCCCAGAGCGCUCUCUGCCCUCGGCGGCGUCGAUUGCAGCCGAGUUUCUGCAGAGGGAGAUGAACUGGCACCAGUCCACAGAUGUCCAGUCUUCCACUCUGGUGCUUCUACAUGACGCGUGCUACGGGCAUCGCUUCGCCCGACCCCGCACCUCCCGUACUGCCCUCAACUCUAUUGUCGAACGGCCAGAACGCAUCCAAGCCACCGUGCUGGGUAUCGCGGCCGCCUACAUCCGCCUGGCUCGUCGACACGCGGGGGGUCGCCACGCUCCUCACCCCGAGCUCGAUCCGCGCCAGCUGCCAGUGCCACCGUUCCAGAUUCGCAGGACCGCGCGCACGCUGUCGCUGCAAUCGCCGGCUGUGGCCCAUGUGCACGGGUCGCAGUGGAUGGAGGAGUUGAGGAGUAUGUGCAAUGCGGCGGAAUCGCGGUUGGCAACGAAUGGUCGGGAGCUGGUUCGACCCCGCAGUGCGGGCAAGGACAAUGCUGCUAUUAACAAUGCGCCGGCCCUUCACGAAGGAGACCUCUAUCUAUGCUCAGAGUCACUGAAUGCAUUCGAGGGCGCGCUGGGUGGCGUGGCGGAGGCAGUCGAGGCGGUCGUCGGUCCGGGCCCGACCAAGCGAGCGUUUGUCUGCAUCCGUCCGCCGGGUCAUCACUGCUCCUCAGGCCAGCCGUCGGGGUUCUGUUGGAUUAAUAAUGUUCAUGUGGGCAUCGCGCAUGCGGCUAUGAGCCAUGGCCUGACCCAUGCGGCGAUUCUGGACUUUGAUCUGCAUCACGGGGAUGGCUCGCAGGAAAUCGCCUGGGACCAGAACCAAAAAGCGUGCACAGCCACACGGAAUGCUGCUGCGCAGAAGAAAACCAUGGUGGGAUACUUCAGUCUACAUGACAUCAACUCGUUUCCCUGCGAAACGGGCGAUGCGGAUAAGGUGCGCAACGCAAGUGUGUGCAUUGACAAGGCCCACGGCCAGUCAAUCUGGAACGUUCAUCUGGAGACCUGGAAAACCAACCAGGAAUUCUGGGACUUGUAUGCCACCAAGUAUAGCAUUCUGUUGGAGAAAGCUCGCGCGUUCCUCCGACUUCAUACACAGCGACUGGUCGGCGCCUCCACUGGACCCCCGCCGAAGGCAGCCAUUUUUAUCUCGGCUGGAUUUGACGCCAGCGAGUGGGAGGGAUGCGGCAUGCAGCGGCAUGACGUCCACGUUCCGACUGAAUUCUACGCCAGGUUCACAGCCGAUGUGGUUCGUCUCGCUAAUGAAGAAGGCCUAGGGACUGAUGGGCGCAUCAUCAGUGUCUUGGAAGGCGGUUACAGCAAUCGCGCGCUGACCAGUGGUGUUCUCAGCCAUUUGUCGGGGCUGAGCGAGACAAGGGAGGUCGACGAGGAACAACAGAUCGAUCGCUUGGCAUCUGAGAUGACCGAUCGUCUGGGCUUAUCUGACACAAUGCCUCCUGACGCGGUGUACCCACAGUCCGGCUACGACAGCGAGUGGUGGGCACCGGAGGUGCUUGAGGAAGUGGAAGCGCUGGCGUAUCCGCCGUUGGCGCCCGUCAAACCCCGGGAGAAAGCGGCGCCGACUUAUUUCCAACCCACCCAGUCAUUUACCGCUAAGGUGGUGAAUCCGGCGCGCGAUCGUCGCUCGUUUGGUUCUUCUUACUCGAAUGUCGAGCCAGAGGCCCCGCCCUUGCCGCCGGUCGGCUGGGCCACUGCAGCCCAUGAAUUGUCGAAAAUUCUCAUCCCAACGCACCGGCAAACCAACAGCUGUCGGCCGGAGGAGUUGAACGCUGAGGCAUCGCGGUUGCGACGGGAGCGGCAGACGGCGGCUAGUAUUGCGACAACCAGCACCAAUGAUGCACCCCCGGAGGACAAGCGGAUGAAACUCAGAACGCGCAAGCCCAAGCCAUCGCUACCGCCCAGCCCCAAGGCUGAAACGCCGAAACGGCCGGCAGUCCGCAGCAGUCGCCGGACGACCAUUGAUGCACCUCCGGAAAGGGCCAAGGCAACGCUAGACCAGGCGUCACCGGGCUUGCCGACAGCAAGGAGGAAGAGUGCAGUCUCAGCCAGCCCACCGGUUUUGGAGUCGGCGACAGGUGAUUUGACUGCACAGGAGCUAUCCAAGGCUGCAGCUACCACCGCCGCUCUGGCUGCCACUGGCGCGCACAAGACCAACAGCUCUCGAUCCAGCACUCCCCAGCGCGACUUAAGCCUGCAGGCUGCGCCUCCUGUGCCACGAGCACCUGCGGCACCUCAGCUGGGAAAGUCGUCUAGCCCGGAUACUAAAAAUACGAAGGAUGAUGUUGACAGUUUGGAGGCCGGGGUGCGCAAGUUACACAUUAAAUUGAAGUUACCAUCGCCCGAGGAGAAUGCAGCUCGCGAGCGCAAGGCGCUCGAAGAACCUAAAGGCGUCAGUGCCCCCAACGCCACCUCGAAGACAUCCAAGCCGCCCAGAUCGCCCAAGCGGCCAGUUGUGAAGAGCUCUGCUCCUUCAGCAGCCAAAGCAGCCAGUCGG